AUGGGGAUUUUGAAGCUAUUAUUUCUUGCUUCUGCAUUCCCCACCGUGGUGUUUGGUAUACAUCUUGAGCUUGAAAUUGGACUUCAAAUUUUGUGGAGAAAGAUGUAUAGAGCACGAGCUGAAGGCCUAACCUUCACGAAGGAACCAUAUAUUGAGGAUGUUGGACCACGCAGAAUCAAGAGCAUGCAAUUCACGGCAUUAUCAGAGUCUGAGAUCAGUAAAAUUGCCGAGGUUCAAGUUGCAAAAGGUUCAUAUUAUGAUUCAAGUAGACAGCCAUUUGAGAAUGGCUUGUUGGAUCCGCGCAUGGGCCCUGCUAAUAAGAGUUGCACAUGUGCAACAUGCCAUGGGAAAUUUGCUGACUGUCCAGGGCACUACGGAUACUUAAACCUUGCUCUUCCAGUUUUCAAUGUUGGGUAUAAAGAAAAAAUUUUGCAAAUAUUGAAGUGCAUUUGUAAG